AUGACUGUCGGUUUAGCGAGAAAAUUAUCUAGAACCAAAUCACACAGAGAUGCAUUAUUAAGAAAUUUAGUUUCACAAUUAUUUCAACAUGAAUCAAUUAUUACUACCUAUGAAAAAUGUAAAGAGACUUCCAGGUUAGCUGAAAGAAUAAUUACAGCUGCCAAGAAAUAUAAUCAUGGUAAUGGUUCAAAUCGUUAUAUUCAAAAUAUUCAAUCUAACCUCUUUCUUUCUGGUGAUAACAAGCAUCUCCUAGCUAAAGUUGUUAAUGAAUUAGCUGACAGGUUUAAAGAUAGAAAUGGUGGGUUUACAAGAAUACUUAAAUUAGAACCUAGAAUCGGCGAUAAAUCUAAACAAGCUACUAUUGAGCUUGUUGACACUCCUAUUAUUAUUAAUAAUAGCGAAAAUAUCACAAUGCAAAGAGGUAAUAUAAAAUUCUGGUUACUGAUGAAAACAUUACUUUAUAAUGAAAUUAAUAAUGAAAGUUAUUCCCCCUUAACAAUGAAAAAUCUAUUAAAAAUAUAUAAAAGUAAACAUGAUGAUCUACAUAAAUUAAAGCUUUUUAAAGAAGAAAUGAUUUGUGUUAGAAAAUUGUUGAUGGAGCAAAUGAAUAGAUCUGAUUUAAAAAAUGAUCCUAAAAAUAGAUCAUUUGACUUAGACCAAAUAAAGGACUCCAAGCAUGUAGAUUCUAUUCUAUCUCAGUUGUCCGAUAUGCUUUCCUCACCAAAGAAUGGUACUACUGAUGUGCAAAUGAUAUCUAAAUAUAAUAAUAUUAAUAGAAAACGUAAGGAUGGUUAUCAAAUAAUGAGUGCGAGACCAGAAGGAAAAGAACAACAGUUCUAA